AUGCCUACGCAACUCGACAACAUGAUGAAGUCCAAGAACAUGGUUCUUGCUUUCGGCGGCGCUGUCACAGCAGCUGCUCUGUGGACCAUCUGGGGCAGCGAUAUGUUUCCUGCAGAGCAAGAUCCAACAGGCGACCCCGAGGGCUGGUCCCGAGAGGACAUGCGCAGGUGGCUGGCUGCCGUGGGUGUUCCUGGGUUUGGGCAGAGAGUUGUCAACUGA